AUGAUAAUGGUCACAAACAAUGAUGCAAUACAAUUUCUCCUCUCGCCUAAAAACUUCACCAUACGCCAAGAAAAGCCUAGACACUUAAAAUAUCUAAACGAAUUUCGGACGCAACAGUGCCUCUUGUUUUUGGAACAGCAAUGCCAGUUUCACCGUCCGUAUACGUGUUUUCAUUGGCAUUUCCCAAAUCAAAAGCGAAGAAGACCUUUCAAAAGACCCGAUGGAACUUUUAACUAUAAUCCGGAUGUAUAUUGCGAUAAAUAUGAUGAGACAAGUGGAUCAUGUGCAGAUGGAGAUGAAUGCCCUUAUGCUCACCGUAAUGCUGGCGAUACAGAAAGAAGAUAUCAUCCGCGUUAUUUUAAAACUGGAAACUGUAUUUAUGAAACAAUGGAAAAUGGUGCAUGUGUUAAGAAUGGUCUACAUUGUGCAUUUGCACACGGUCCAGAUGAUAUUCGUCUACCCGUUUAUGAUAUAAGAGAAGUUCAAGAUGCUUCUUCAAAAUUCACUGUCAAUUUACCAGCUAGCCUAGAGAAGGAACGAGUUUUAAGUGAAGACCCUAAGUGGAAUGAAAUGUUUCAUGUACUCGCCUGUUACAAAACGGAAUUAUGCAAAAAACCACCAAGAAUGUGUCGUCAAGGUUAUUCAUGUCCAUUCUAUCAUAAUGGAAAGGAUAAACGAAGAGCACCAGAUAAAUUUUUAUAUCGUAGUACACCUUGUCCAAUUGUUCGUCCUGGUGAUGAAUGGCAGGAUAGUAGUCUUUGUGAUACUGGUGAUGCCUGCGUUUAUUGUCAUACACGAACGGAACAACAAUUUCAUCCUGAAAUAUACAAAUCGACAAAAUGCAAUGAUGUCUUAAAUUCUGGUUAUUGUCCACGUGGUCCUUUUUGUGCUUUUGCGCAUUGUGAUACAGAAAUGACAAUAGGCCGAGAUUUCUCUGCAAAUGUACAACAACAAGAGCAACAGAAUUCUUCUUCAGGCGGCGGUGGAUUACAGUCGAGUAGUAGUCUUAUUGUCGAUUCAACUAACCUCUCACAGAAUAAUAAUAAUAAUAAUAAUACGACUAAUAAUAAUCUUUUGUUAUCUAAUUCAGCAACGACGCCAACAACAACAUCAACAGCUAUAGCUGGUGCUGCUUCAAUACCAUGUCGUCAUAUUACAUCGGAUACUUUAGGCCUUUCUCAUGCUGCUGUUGGUGGUGGUUGUCAAAACCAACAGCAACAACAACAUUCUCUGCAGUAUUCAACACCGCAUGCUUUGAAUAAUAAUAGUAGUAGUAAUAAUUCACGGAUUCUAGGUACUAGUAGUAAUUAUAAUAAUAAUACAAAUAUCAAUAAUAGUAAUAAUAAUAAUAGUAGUACUAGUAAUUUACCGCCAAAUCUAAUGUCUAAUUUACACUCAAAUUUUUCCAAUAUAAUCGUACCAUCACCAGCACAACAUCAGCAUCAAUCUCCGCAGCAGCAACAACAAGCACAACAGCAAAUAUCACAACGUUUACCGUCGUCUAGUCAUUAUCAACAACAGCAUUUGAUGAAUUUCACUUCUCCAGUGGAAUUUAAUAAGUCGAUUAAUGCCACAGAUCAUCAUGGAAGAUCUUCUCACCUGCCGAAUUCUUUAAUGUCAAAUAUAUCACCUCUUAGUAGUUCAGCUUCAAGUCAAACUGGUAGUCGUAAUCGACGUGUUCCUCGGUGUACAUCACCGCGUACAUGUAUGUGGCCAUCCUACAAUUUGACAUCAGCUCCGAAUACAGAUAGACAGCAUUUUACUCAAUUGCCAGGUCCAUCAAAUACAGAUGUUCGAAAUACUGGUGUAUGUCCUCAAUUAGGUGUAUUAUCAACCAAUUCAAUUAGUUCAACAUGUUCUCCAAAUCAGAAUAGUAGUCAGUUUUCACAUUCAAGAAAUCGUCCUGUUGCUGGUCAUUUACAAAAUGUUGCAGCGCAUUCUUUGGGUUCAGCAGCUGCUGUCGCCGCUGCGGGUGGUAGUAGUGGUGGUGGUACCUCUUAUCCAAGAGAUAAAGGUCGUCAUCGAAGUGGUAGUUCUAUGUCCUCUGAAAUUGGACAAUAUUCUAUGCAUAUUUUGAGAGAGAAUUAUAAUUCGCCAACUAAUACUACUAAUACGACUACUGCUGCCUAUAUGGAGUCAAUCUCAUCAACUUAUCCUGGACGAUGUAGUUCUUUUAGUGGUGGUAGUUGUAUGAGUAAUAUACUGAAUAAAACAACUGUUACCUCUGGUGUUGGUGUUGGUGCCUGUGGUGGUAGUUUGUCUAUAUCCAGUCAAAAACAAGCCAUGUCCGGUGGUGGCGGUGGUGGGGCUACAUCGAAAUCGGUACUGUUAGGCGGACGAUUGCCUGGAAUCUGCCAAAAUAUGCCUUCUCAUAAAUCCAAUGUCCUAUGGGAUAAUUUUGAAUCGGAGGCUAAUACUAACCCACUUGAACAGCAACAGCAGCAACAAUACUUUUCAUCGAAUGGCCAUGGUCACCACCAAUGA